AUGACGACAACAAAAGCAAGCAGCGGUGGUGUUGGUGGUGGUAAUCAAUUGGUAUUAGAAUCCAUCAAAUACACGCGAGGUUCUUUAUUCGUCUUGGACCAAAUUCAACUGCCAUCCAAAACGGAACAUCUCCCCGUGGAAAACUGUUCCAAAUGUUUCGAGCUCAUCAAGAACAUGAACGUCCGCGGAGCGCCGGCGAUUGCGAUUACAGCCGCGCUCUCGAUUGCGGUGGAGUUAGAGCAGACAAGUUUUGCGGAUGGUGAUGCGGCGUUGUUUCAAUUCGUGAAGACAAAAGCGGAGUAUUUGUUGAAAAGUCGACCGACGGCGGUGAACUUGGGGAACAUGGUGAAAUCUCUCAUAAAGUAUUGCGAAGAGAUCGAGCACGAAGAACUGAACAACUCCGGCGACGAAAACGGGGAAAAAGGAAACAAAAGAGAGAUGAUUGUUCGAUGGUGCGAAGAUAUGCUGGAAACGGACAUUCGACACAACAAAGCGAUUGGAGAGAUUGGCGCGAAAGCGUUGCUGAAAGCGUGUUGUAAUAAGAAAAAAUUGAAGGUGUUGACGUGUUGCAACACCGGUUCGUUAGCGACGGCGGGGUACGGGACCGCGCUCGGGGUAGUCAGAACUUUACACGAACAAGGACGGUUGGAGAUGUGCUAUGCGGUGGAAACGAGGCCGUAUAAUCAAGGGAGUCGAUUGACGGCGUACGAGUUGGUGUAUGAAAAUAUACCCGGAACGUUGAUCUGCGACAACAUGGCGGCGUUUUUGAUGCAGAAGGACGAGGUGGACGCUAUCAUCGUUGGCGCGGAUCGCGUAGCAAAGAACGGAGAUACGGCAAAUAAGAUUGGGACGUAUUCUUUGGCGGUUUUGGCGAAACAUCACGACGUGCCGUUCUUCGUUGCCGCGCCGUCGACGACUUUGGACGUGUCCACCAAGUGCGGGAUGUUGAUUGAAAUCGAAGAAAGGCCGGGGGAGGAGGUGUGCGUGUUCAAAGGCGAACGAGUAGCCGCGGAAGGAAUAAACGUGUGGAACCCGGCGUUUGACAUCACACCAGCGUGGUUGAUUGAAGGUAUCGUGACUGAACGAACGUGUUUGUAUAAAAAUAAAAGAGGCGAGAAGGAUCAAACCGGCGCGGCGUUUGAUAUCGGGAGGCACGUGGAAGAGAUUGAGGCCAUGGACGGUACGAUGAAAAAGAAAAAGAAGGUGGACGAGAUGGAUGCGAGUAAAGAAAAGGACGAUUCGGCUGUUGAUGUUGACGGUUUUUACGCGUUGAAUUUGAGUACUGUUCUCGAUUACGUCGCGUACUACCCCAAAGUGUGCGCUCCCAUCGGCGGCAAGGCGAGCAAAGAGGACUGGGUCUCAAAGGAGGUUGGCGACGGGAAUAUCAAUUUUGUGUACAUAAUAAUGAACAAAAAAACGAAUGCAGCCAUCGUUCUAAAACAAGGGUUACCAUACGUGAGAUGUGUGGGCGAAUCGUGGCCGUUGACGCAAGAACGCGUGCGAUAUGAGGCCGAAGCGCUCAUCGCGGCGCAUGGUUUCUGUCCCGAGCACGUACCGGAGGUGUAUUUAUACGACUCGAAAAUGUCGACGAUUGCGAUGCGAUACAUCGAGCCGCCGAACAAAAUCGCACGAGUUGGAUUAUGCGAAGGUAAAACGUACGUGAGAAUGGCUGAACACGUCGGCAAGUACUUAGCGGAGACGUUGUUCAAAUCGAGCUCCGUAUGCCUCGGCGCGAAAAAGUUCCGCGAGAAUCGAAUCGCGUUUGGCGGUAACGAAGCCAUGUGCGCGCUCACCGAGCAAGUUAUCUUCACUGAACCAUACGGCGUUUUCGAAAACAACAAGUGGACGCACGAACUCAACGAUAUCGUAAGAGAAAUACAAAGCGAUGGCGAACUUAAAGUAGCCAUUACCGAACUCAAAGCGAAAUUCAUAAACGAAUGCGAAGCGCUCCUGCAUGGAGAUUUGCACACGGGGAGUAUCAUGUGUGGAGAGAGGAGCACGUACGUCAUCGACCACGAGUUCGCGUUUUACGGGCCUAUGGCGUUUGAUAUUGGCGCGUUCAUCGCAAAUUUAUACUUAGCCUACUACGCCUCUGACGGUUUAGGACAUUCGGAGAAUCACAAAAAAUAUUUGCAGUGCAUGAUCAAAGACGUUUUGAUUCGGUUCGUGUCCGACUUUAGCAGAUUGUGGCGCACAAACGGCAGACAGAAAGACUUUGGCGGUCUCUCGCAUCCUUCCGUGUUUUCCGCACAUCUCAACCGUCCAUCCCAAUCGUUCAAUUCGCCGGAUGAGAAACACUUUCAACAAUCGCAGUUGGAGUUCAUCAGUAGAGUUAUUUACGACGCGCACCGUUUCGCGGGUGCGAAGAUUAUUCGACGCAUCAUCGGAAUAGCACACGUCGCGGACAUGGAAGGUAUACAAAAUCUGGAACUGAAAGCUAAGUGUGAACGAGCCGCACUUGAGAUGGGCAUGCGACUUUUGAAGGGCAAGUAUUCGUGCAAGACGUCCGUUCGAUUGAGCAUGAAUUGGGAAUAUGGCAGAAAUCAACCGGUACCAACGGCGACGGAGAUUGAGAACGAGGCGAACGAUUCCGAGGAAACGAAAUCGCUCUAUUUCCACAUGAAUACGGAUGGCGCGUAG